UUUUUUUUUUCUCUUUUCUUUCUUUUUCAUUAUUCUUAUUACUAGUAAACAUGGUUAAGCUUGAAGAAGUUUCUGCCGAGCAAUAUGAACAAGUUGAAGUCUACAGUGAAGACGACUACUCUGACUUUUCUGACGACGAGUUUGACGACGAAGACGAGUCUGUUUUGGAUAGAAUUGCUGCUUUAAAGGAUAUCAUUCCUCUCAAACACAGAAACAGAAUUUCUAAUAGCGUUUCUACCUUGAGUUCUUGGGGAAAGGCAGGUGCUACUUUUGUUGGCAAGAGUGCUUGGGUUAUCACCACUUCCAUGUUUUUAUUAGUCUUGCCUUUGGCUUUGGAAAUUGAAAAAGAACAAGCUUUGGUUGCUUAUGAAAAGGAAGCCAUGCAACAACAGGGUACACAACAAAUGUUGAGCACUGGCAAUCCUUAUGGUCAACCUCAACAACCUCAACAACAACAGCAACAACAGAUUAGAGCCCCCGGUUUCUAAAAUACUCGACACUUUACAACACUACAUAAUACAAAACACGUUCAUGUUGUGACACUAUAUAUACUCAUCACCUAUUUUUUGUAUAUUUUUUUUACAUUAAAAA